UUAUCAACGGAAUAGUAAUUUUGGUCCGUGCGUGUGAGAAAAGGAAGAAAGGAGGGUGGUCUGUCGUGAAGUGUAGCUGGGUUGGAAGAAGGGUACGGGGUAGUUGUUUUUAUUAUUAUUAUUCGUAAGCUGCCCGUUUCCGCCUCCUUAUCCUGGCGAAAGGUUAAACGGUGAAAAUGGAGGCGGACAGAUCCGGCGGAGGACCAAACCCGAACUCCGGAGGCGGCGGCGGCAGCAGCAGCGGAGCGGGGCGCAACCCAAACGGGCCCAAAGCAGCACCGGGCCAGGCGACAUCUGCCGCGGCCACCGGGGCGAUGGCAGCGGCGGCGGCAGCAGCGGCCGGUCUCAUGCCCGGAUCGUCGCAGCAGCCUCGGGAGCCGCAGGACGGGGACGCGGCAAUGUCGCUUCCUGGGAUCCUGCACUUCAUCCAGUACGAGUGGGGACGCUUCCAGGCCGAGAAAUACCGCUGGGAGGCGGAGAGAGACGAACUCAGGGCUCAGGUGGCGUUCCUACAGGGUGAGAGGAAAGGGCAGGAGAAUAUGAAACAGGACCUGGUGAGGCGGAUCAAAAUGCUGGAGUAUGCCCUCAAACAAGAGAGGGCUAAGCACCAGAAGCUGAAGACAGGAAAUGACCUGAGUCCUGGAGACAAGAAACCAGAGACAGAGGCAGACCAACUUCCCAAUGGGCCGGCUGAGUCAGACUCCGAGCCAGGCAAUCAGAUGUCGUGGAAGGAGGGACGUCAGCUACUACGCAAAUAUCUGGAGGAAGUAGGUUAUUCAGACACUAUCCUGGACAUGCGGUCAAAGCGUGUGCGCUCCCUGCUCGGGCGAAGCAGCCCCGAGGCUAACGGACCCCCACCAAGUGAAACCUGCCCAGAGCCUGAGCCCAGAGCCGGUGCGGAGUCGUUGUUGGUCAGACAGAUUGAAGAACAAAUCAAGAGGAAUGCAGGCAAGGAGAGCUCUAAGGAACAUAUGGGUGGCUCGGUGCUGGAUAAGAUCCCCUUCCUGCACGGCUGUGAGGAUGAUGAUGAAGACGACAGUGACGAGGAAGAUGAAUUCCAAGGCAUGGCCACUGAUUGUAUUGAUGGGCCGCGCAAGAACAAAAAACCACGAGUAAAGAUGGCUACAGAGCCCAUGACCACAGACCUGGACCCAGAGGAUGAGGAAGACGAAGAUGACUCAGAAGACGCCCUUGGAGAAUUCGACUUCCUGGGCUCGGGGGAGGAUGGGGAGGGGGCGGGAGAGGCCCGGAUCUCGGGGGACGGACGGGAGCUAGAGAACCGCAGGAACAAGUUACAAGGCAUGAUGUCGGACUUCCCCCCUAAACCUACCCCGCCCCCUUCUGUAUCAGGACAGGCUCGCUCCGGUGAAGGUGGCGCCCUUGGUUUCUCCUCUGAUGUCUUCAUCAUGGAUGCUGUAGGAGGAGGGGACAUGAACCUCGGUGAAUUGGCUGAUCUCACUGUUGCCAAUGACAACGAUCUCUCCAUGGAUAUGCAGGAUAACCGAGAGGAGUUUAAGAAGACGUGGAAUCCCCGUUUCACACUACGCAGCCACUUUGAUGCCAUCCGCGCUUUGACCUUUCACCCCAGCCAAGCAGUGCUGCUCACAGCCUCUGAGGACGGAACACUAAAACUAUGGAACCUCAACAAGGCCAUGCACUCUAAAAAGAACGCAGCUCUGGAUGUUGAGCCCAUCUAUACAUUCAGAGCGCACAGUGGAGCUGUUCUGUCACUGACCAUGGAUGAGGACGGAGAAUCCUGCUACAGCGGAGGUCUAGAUGGAAGCGUCCGGUGUUGGAAGAUGCCAGAUCUCAAUGUGGAUCCUUAUGAUAACUAUGAUCCUGGCAUUGAGAGCAGUGCACUAGCCGGCCACGAGGACAGUGUCUGGGGUCUGACUUACUCGGCAGUACACCAUCGUCUUGCCUCAUGCUCAGCUGAUGGCACCAUUCGCAUCUGGGACCCUCAGAACUCGGCUCCCUGCCUGUCUGUCUUCAAUAAGGAGAGAGAGCACGGAACACCCACCUCAGUGGCCUUUGUGGCUACUGACCCCAACCAGGUGGUGGCUUCAUUUGACGGUGGUGAGACGUUGCUCUACGACCUCAACACGGAGCAGAGCAUCACCGGGCUAGAGACACAGACCAAGGAUGGCAGUGAGUUGAUCAACAGAGUGGUCAGUCAUCCAUCUGAGCCUGUCUCCAUCACUGCACAUGAGAACCGCACCAUCCGCUUCCUGGACAAUAAGUCAGGUAAAGUUGUCCAUUCUAUGGUGGCUCACCUGGAUGCUGUCACCUGUCUUACUACAGACCCAAAAGGCACUUACCUCAUCUCUGGCAGCCACGACUGCUCGGUGCGCCUGUGGAUGCUGGACAACAGGACCUGUGUGCAGGAGAUCACAGCCCACAGGAAGAAGCACGACGAGGCCAUUCAUGAUGUGGCCUUCCACUCUUCCCAGCCGUUCAUCGCCAGCGCCGGCGCAGAUGCACUUGCCAAGAUCUUUGUCUGACAGCACUGUUGUCAUUCUGAUUCCCACAACCACAACUGGGCCAACAGAGGCUGAAGGCUACAGUGGACACAUUUCACCUGCUUACACACACUCACACAAACACACACUCACACACUUACACACACUUGUCCUGCACCCCUACGGCUGGGUCAUCGACACAGGACGUUGCCUCCCCUUGAUUCCUCACUGUCCCUCUGAUGCCUCAGUGACUUCUUGUAAUACUAAUCACACUUCUUUUUUUAUAAAUUUAACUGCUCCGUUUUCAAAUAAUCAUGUCUGGAGUGACAUUUUUCUACACUACAAAAUUCAGCUCUUGCUUCCUUUUUUUCCCCCAGUCUGCCAAUGGCUAUUACAAAGGGCCAUGCUUGAACUGAUACAUGUCAUAGAGAACCACAGAGGAUCCCUCAUGCUGCACAGUACACACAGCGCACAAAUUCACUGUUGCAUUUCAUGUUUUUUUUAAAUAGCUAAAAAAAUUGGUUGAUUCGGUGUAAAACGGUAACUGACCCCAAUGUUGGCAAAAAACACCCGACCAACCUCUGUAUUGGGAAUCAAAUGUAUUACAUUCCAAAGACUCCAGGGGUUGUGUGUGUGUGUGUGUGUGUGUGUGUGUGUGAGAGUGUGUGUGUGUGUGUGCGAGCUUUUGGGAUAGGAGAAUGUUUAACAUAGUCGUGUGUGGUCUGAGGAGGCACUAGACAGUCGUUAACCAGUGAUGAACAGAUAGCUUUAAUUUAAACUUUAUCGCCAAGACACCAAGUCUCAUUGUAUGUCUGAGUAUUGUAGUGUCCCCAUGAUUCUGCUUAGUAUUGUGUGUGAGAGAUAAAAUGGCACUCUACAAGAUAAAUGUACAUAUUCACACAAUCAUGGUCCAUUUCUACAGAUGUACAGUUUGAAUUUGACUCUGCAGAUGGAUGUUGCUACGGCAUGUCAACCAGCUAAAGAUCGAAAUCAUGAGGGCAAAGUUAAAGUCUGUAGACUCCAGGGGUGUGUGAGGCCAGUUUGUACGCUUUCCACAAUAGAUGCAGAUUGUGUAGUUUGCCGCUUUUUACUGUACAGAAGAGUGUGUGAGUGUGAUUGUAUGUGCACUAGUUAAAUCACGGUGCUAUGAAAGACUUCGUCAGUCUGGAGUCAGAAUCAGGGACCUGUUUUUGUGUGUGUGUGUGUGUGUGUGUGUGUGUGUGUGUGUGUGUGUGUGUGUGUGUGUGUGUGUGUGUGUGUGUGUGUGUGUGUGUGUGUGUGUGUGUGUGUGUGUGUGUGUGUGUGUGUGUGUGUGUGUGUGUGUGUGUGUGAGCGAGCGUGAAAAAGAGAGGCCGUGUUUCUCACUCGUCGGGCUAAAGAUGUACAUCGAGUGAAUUGACCUCAUGUCAUAGUUGCAUCAUUUCACUAACUGUGGUCACAUUUCAGAAUUAACAGUCACCGUAAAUGUUUCUCGUUAGAGGGGUGUGAAUAAUGUCGACGUUGAUGGGUUGGUUCAGGCCCGAGGGCUGUACAGAGCUGAUGAUAAUAAUUAUAUUACAGUCAGGACCACGUGGACAGAAACGGUUUCCUCAGGUGAGAGCUGUUCAUUUUUUUUUUUUUUAAAUUCAAGUUGGUGCCAGUUUGUCGGCACAAGACUUGUAUUUAUUCAGGCUUUCGGGAAAAAAAGCUUCACCACCAGUUGUGUGUUUUGGGUUCCCUCGUCUAUGUUGACGUGCAUCAGUCGCACAGUAGCACAUUACCCAGAGAGCUUAUGAUGUGAAGCUGGUCUCUCUCUGACGGGGCAUGCUGGGAGAAAUCGCUCCAAAAAAGAAGGGGAGGGGGCAUUUUAAAUUCAACCACUUUUGUCUGAAAGGUAAAAAGAAAGUAUUGAUUUAAGAUGUGUGGGUGUAAGGAACAUGAUUCAGCAGCCUGGCUGAUCCAUUUAAGUUGUGCUAUUUUGAAAAUAGCCCACAGGACAUUUGUCCGUAAUGUAGAACAAUUGCCCCUCGGAGACGCAUCACAUCUGUCUCUGUCUCUGUCCUGCAUAUGUUCUGACAGCUGCAGGACAUUUUCUUGAUGUAGAAGUUUCCCCCUUAACACCUGAACUGACUUCAACUCACUUUGACUGGUUAUGUUAAUCUAUUACCUCAAGUGGACUGAUACAAUCUGGUGUUAAAUCAGUUGUCUAAGGGGCAACCCCACCCCCUCCUCUUCAAGAUUACAGGGUCACACUAGGGGUCAGAUGUCAGAUCUAAAUGUUCAAUGUAGCCUGGAGGAAAACACUCCUCUCCUAAUCACUGGGGACACUACCAUUUAUAGCUCAGAUUUCUUUUUGUCUCAAAACAGGGAGGAAAUUAGACAUGAUGUUAUUCCACCAGGUUCAGCGACAUUACUAUACAGCUACUGGGUACAAUGUCCUGUUACCACAUUGAACUACUACUUGGCUCCAUGUUGCACUACAUCUAAUGGUGUAUGCUGUUGCUCAAAGACCGGGUGCAGAGAUGAUGCUUUGCUGGUUUUUCCAAUACAAUCUAAAUACAAGUCGUGGAAGCUGCUGUCGUGUCACAGUUUUUUUCAUUGUGACAGUAAUUGAUGUUUUUUUUCUUCCACCCACUCUGAGCUACUGUGUCCCCACUUAGAAUUAAGACAAAUCAGUAUGACACAUCAAAAAAAAGAAAAGAAAAAAGAAAUUGAAAAGGAGGUUGAGAAUGAUGACUAGAGAUGCCAUUGUGUGCUGUAAAUGUCCAUCAUUUCCCUGUGUUCUCUCUUGCAUUUCUUUUCUUUGAUUCUGAAUAUGAUUAUUAAGAUGUAAGAAUACUGUAGUAUCAUGAGUGAACCAUUCUUCCUUGCUAGGCAUAGAACUUGCUUGUGAUUGAUAAUGGCAAUGUAUAACUUGUAAAAAAGCAAAAUCGAUUAAAAAAACUUGAAAAAUCAAGAAAAAUAAGUUUAAAAAAAACAAACGACAAAACUGUUUCCAGUCAGAGGCCAAGGUAAAGGACUCUAAUUUCUUUGUUUUUAUUUUUUUAAUAGCAAUUUAUCACUGUGUGAUAUUUUGUACAUCAUAUUAAGCUGUAUUCAAACUAUUUCCUCUAACUACAAGGGAUAAGAGACCUGCUUUUUAUUAAUUUUGUUUUAUUAUAUAUUUUUGAACUGCAUUCUAGCUUGUAUCAAAUGACUUUUCUCUUUUUUUGUUUACGGGUCCCUUGUUGUAUGUCAUUAAGGAAGAAAAAAAAAGAAAGAUUUUUGUACAGUGAA